UACGCUAUUAAAAAAGGUCGUCGCAAGUUGCUAUACGGUGAUCUGUUACACCUUAACUAUGGACAAAGCGCGCAGAAACAGGUUUGCUAGCUCACGGUGUAUACAGAAAACAUUCCACAAUAGAACGUUAAUGGGAGCUGAAGACAGUAAGCAGGGACAGUAACAAGUGUGACAGAUUUCAGAUUGCAAAUUUUGUAUAGAAAUCCGCGGGGUGUCACAUCAUAAAGACGCCUUUUGCCCGGUCUCAAGACCUGUGUAGUGCAUGUACGUGUAUACGUAUGUAGGUGUCUUAAUUCAGUUCGCUUAUACCUAUAGGUACUGCUCGAAUGGCUUGUCGGGGCUGGUAUAUAUACAUAAUACACUCUAACCCCAGGCCUUUAUACAGAUGGAGAUUUAUUUUACUGCUCUUAAAAAAGCCUGUCAUUCCCUAUCCAGUAAGAAGCAGGCUGACCAUAGGUGAACAAUGGCACGAGGAAGAUAUAUUCAGAUAUAUGUAUAUUCUAACGAUAUUUGGGUCAGCGCACUACCUGCUCUGACGUCUCUUGCUGGGUUUUAGGUUAAUCUACACGCAUACUGUAAGGGUAAAUCAGGGACACAGGGUAACAGAGAGGAUCGAAAAAGCCCGAAUCAAAGUAUCACGGACUAUCCGUUGUGGCUAACACGGCCUGAUUGAGGUUGUCAACAGCUGUGACUGACUUGAGAAACGAACCACAGGCUGAGGCGGAAACGAAGAAUGUGAAAUUCUUUUGUGUAUUAUAUACCUCCAACACGACAUGGGGAAUCGUAUGGGAAAACGCGCCAAGAAAAUGUCGGCAUCUUCCCCAAACCUGUCGACGCCAACCAAUGGGGACAGAACCAAGAGGCCUUUACCUAAAAUAAAUCUAAAUGACUCCACCCCACCAGGAACUCCACCUUUGGCUUCCUCAACCCCCUCCAAUCUGUCCACAUCCUCAUCUGACCACCCCUGGACAACCCCUAAUAUCUCACACUCUACGAUCUCCCCGGCACCAUUCACUCCAGAGCCGCUAACAAAAAGCAUGCUCCUGAAGUCGGUUGUCGUCGCUAUAUACACGUAUGAGUCGCGCCAAAAUGACGAGUUGACGUUUAAACGUGGGGACAGGAUGGAAGUUGUCACAGAUAGCGAGAACUACGACUGGUGGUUGGUUAAACAUCUGAGAACUGGAGCAAUUGGUUACAUCCCCAGGAACUACGUAACGUUGGAGUCUAACCCCGUGCAGGUGGAAGAUUGGUGGUGCCCUCUUGAUAGGGGGGAUGCGGAGAGAACCCUUUUGAACCCUGACCUGGGUCGGGGCACCUUUUUAAUCCGGGAGCGGCCAGAUCACAUUUACCCAUAUGCCUUAUCGAUCAAGGAUUACUCGGAUUCCAAAAUGGAUUACACAGUGAAGCAUUACAAGAUCCGAACCACAAAUAACGGUCGUUUUUACAUCAGUCAUACCAAUGUCUUCGGUAGUAUUGUCGAGCUUGUGGCAUUCUAUUCAGAAAACGUUGACUCUGGCCUAUGCUGUUUACUAACAACACCCUGUCCCAAGAAGAAGCCAUUCGUUCCCUUCAGAGAGAUGGAGGUAUCCAGGAGCCACGUGACUCUGAUGCGGAAAAUGGGAGACGGGUACUUCGGGGAAGUGUGGAAAGGCGUGAUGGCGGGUCGCGGCGAGGUUGCAGUUAAGAUGAUGAAAAUGGGCAAAAUGUCGGCGCAGAGUUUCAUCAAAGAAGCCAAGGUCCUGCAUAACCUUCGACACCCGAAGCUGGUGCCUUUGCGGGGAGUCUGCACUAAAUCCCGACCCAUGAUGAUCAUCACAGAACUGAUGGGGAAGGGCGACCUCUCUAAGUAUCUACAGGGUGACAUAGGGAGGAGGCUGAAGACUCCUCACCUCGUCGACAUGGCCUCUCAGAUUGCAAGCGGUAUGAGCUACCUGGAGAAAUGUAACUAUAUCCACCGAGAUCUGAGAGCGGCUAACGUGCUGGUGGGAGAAAACAACACGGUGAAAAUUGCCGACUUCGGCUUAGCCAGACUCGUGCUUAACGAGGAUGACAUAUACAUUAUGACGAACCAGUCCAAAGUGCCUAUAAAAUGGACGGCCCCAGAGGCUCUGUUUAAAAGGGAGUUCAGCAUUAAGUCAGAUGUUUGGUCGUUCGGGGUUCUCCUCUACGAGAUAUUCACAUACGGCAAGACGCCAUAUCCUGGCAUUAGCACAGCCAAUCUUCAAUCUUUACUACACUCGGGCUACAGAAUGCAGAAACCUAAGAAUUUUCCCGUUCAGGUGUACAACAUCAUGCUUCAGUGCUGGCAGGAACAUCCGGAAGACAGACCCGAGUUUGCGUACUUGCAUUCUGUCUUUGACGAUUACAUCAUAUGCACAGAGAACAGUUACAGAGAGAGAGAAUGCUAGACUGGCUUUGAUUUUUAAAAAUAUAGUCUUGCACAAUUCCAUACUGUCUCUCUGUAUCUGACGCACAGUGGAAAGGCAGGCCUACCAGCACCCUUAAAGCGUUUUAGAGGACUUACAUUUGGCUGACCAUGGUGCGUAAAUUAAAAGCCAUACGAAUAGACUUAUCGGCUUCUAGUCUCGGUUCUGUUUUAUUCCCGCCACGCAAGACAUCAAACAUUAUGGGUCUGAGUUGGGGAAAAUUCAUUUUGUGUGAGUG